AUGAUAUAUCUAUUUAGCAUCAUCUUGAUUAUUAAUCUUGCGAAAAGUCAAAUUGAAGUAGACUUAAGUUAAGAAAAUGAAUGGACAUACAUUUAAAAUACUUUAAACACGAGUACUUUUAAAGUGAGAUCUUUACAAACAGAGUAUUGUUACGUUAGAAUAGGAUUAAAAUACUAGGAUCCUACUUUUUUAUUAAUGGCAGAUUAUAAAGUUAAACCUAAUAGCAAUUUGAUUUCAACAUAUAAAUAAGGAGAAAAGAUUGAUAGAAUAAGGUAAGAAUUAUAUUUAAUUUAGUUAAUUAGAAAAUAGAGGAACUAGGUUCUUAAAAUUGAAAGGAAAUGCAGGAACUAUAUAUAUAACUACUAUGGCAGAUUAUAAAAAUAAUUACUAUUAAAUUACGAUCACUGGAAAUAAUGAAGAAGAAUGUGAUAACGAUUGUAAUUAAAAUGGCAUUUGUGAGGUAGAAAUGAUCAUAUUUUAAGACUGAAGGAUGCAUUUGCAAUGGUUCAUUUAUUGGAAAUGAUUGUCAUUAACUAUCUUAGGAAUUAGUUUCAUAAACUUAAUAAGAUGUAUAUUUUGUAAAUGAUGAAACUAUCAAGUUCUUCUCAAUUAAUCUCUAUUAUUUUUUAGGAUAAACUUUGAAACUGCAAUUUGAAGUAUUUAUAGUUAUUAUUUAAAUCUAGUCAAAUUGUCAAGAAUGUUUAAAUAUUAUUAUUUAUAAAACUAAAGCUCUUUUUAGGCCAGAAGAAACCUAACAAAGCAAUUAUACUUAAUUAUUUUCUUUUUCUAAUGGAUUAAGCACUAUUUAAACAAAGAUUCCAGAUAUAUUGCCAGCUUAAUAACAAAUUUUAUAUCUUUCUGUUUUUAAAUAAUAUUCCAAUAAUGAAACUACUCAUUUAUAAAUUAGAUUUAAUUAUGAGCCUUAAUCUUAUGAUAUUGAUGAAAAUAUUAAUAGUACUCGAUUAAUUUACAUUAUUAUACCAUCUGUUUUUGGAUCAUUAUUAUUUUUCCUCUGUAUAGGUUGCUUAAUAAAUAGGAGAAGAAAGGCAAUUCAAGCUUAAUCUAUUAUUCAAGGUCCUUUUUAUCAACAACCAAGAAAUGUAAUUCAUUAAGAUCCCUUUUUUAAUUAAAACAGAAAUAUAAAUCAUUAAGAUCCUUUUUCUCAACAACCAAGAAAUCCAAUUAAUUAAGAUCCCUUUUUUAAUUAAAACAGAGAUGUAAUCAUGAUCACCUAUAAUAGCAAUUUCCUUAAUAACCUUAAAUUUAAAUUGUACAACCUCCAGCUUCUUAAUUUCUUUGGCCAAAAGAAGAACCUAAUAAUGAUGAUGAUAAAUGUAUUAUCUGCUUCUAUUAACUUAAUUAUUAAAAUAAUACAGUAGUGAAAAUUAAUUGCGGGUAUAUAAAAUUAUUAAAUUUAGCCAUUAAUUUCAUCGAGAUUGCAUUAAAGGUUGGUGUAUAAAAUAACAAUCUAUAAAAUAAGAUAAAUAAAGUGAUUGCCCGUAUUGUAGAUGCCCUAUGGAUUUAAAUUUAAUCUUUUGA